AAUCUAGUACGUCAUAAUAUAUUAAGUAAAAAGAGAAAUUCAAUUUAUCAAGUUUUCUAAAAAAAGACCAAUCUUUUUUGUUUUUACCUUAUGAUAUAAAAAGAAACUGUUUCAUCAUUCGCAUAUAAAGCUGAAAAUAUUAGAAUCCGAUGAAAAAUGUUAAGAGCGAAAAAAGGUGAUUACUCUGAAUUGAUUGGUGUAGAUAGAGACGCCAUUCCACUUCGUACGGAUAGCCACAGACAACAUAGAAUAAGACAAACGGACACUUUAGAAGCUGAAGUUCUUCCAGGAGAUACGUUGAUUUCAAUCUCUCUUCGUUUCAAUUGCACAGUUCAGGAUAUCAAACGAAUCAACAAAAUUCACAACGAAAACGAAAUAUUUGCCUUUAAAGUUGUCAAAGUUCCCUUAACUGCUCAAAAUAUUCUUCUCGAUACUCUUCCAAAAGUUCAUAAGAGCGGACAAAGCAGUCCAAAAACAUCCGAAACAGUUGUCUCGAAUACUUCAACGUCAAAAGAAAAACUUGAAGAAAAACUUCUUUUGGCAUCAGUUAGUAAUGCAGUUAUAACAAAAUCAAAGGAUUCAGCAGAUCGAUGUGAAGCUGUGAAUGAAGUUGAGGAAAGUACUGAUGAACCACUUUUACAGAAUUCGAGGCAAUUUCGUGGAUAUCCUAGAACAUUUGGUGCACCAAGAAAUGACUAUAUGUCGUUUGAUGGAAGUGAUUGUGAGCUUAAUUGGGUAGUUUUAUUGAUUUUCAUACUAGCUUUAUGCGUAAUUGUACCACUGAUUUAUGUUUAUUUGAUUUAUGAACAUCCAGAAAAUUUUAUUCCAAUUCACUCUCCUUAUGACGAUCCUGAUUCUGGUUUAAAACAUCAUAAUUAUGAACCAAAAAAUCAUACAUGAACACAGGCCAUAGUAAGAAUAUAUCUUGAUCGUUUGAAAAAUAACAAAUAAUGUGAUAACAAACAAUAUUUGAAAAUGAUUGACUCAGUGGGCAUAAAACAGGAAACCAUUUUUUAACAAAUGGUUAUAAAAUCUAACCGACAAUUCUAUUACAAAACUUAAAUUUAAAGCUUUAAGGUCAUACCAGAUUUGGUAGUAGAUUGUUUUUAAAAAAUUAAAUGUACCAGAUUGACUUUACGCGGGAUAUUUUUGUAAGAAGAAGAUAUUGUAUUAAAAUUAUCAAAUUCAGAUCAUUUGUGUUUUAUUUAAUAGAAUAAAUUUUGAUAAGGUCUCAGACGUUGACAAGUACAGACGUGUAAACUGACAACAAAACUAAAUACGAAUAUUUUAAUUCAAGAAAACAAGCUAAAGAGUCUUAAAAACCUAAAACAAGAAAAGUAAAAUGUCUCAAAACACUUUAAUUAAUAAUAUCGAAAAGGAAAAUGUUUCUGAAAAAAUGGAAAAAUUUUCGUUGAAGAGUCCACGAAAAGUAUUGACUGAGAACGACGCAAACGUUCUGCCUGUUAAACAACCAAAACUCAAAGGAAUGGAUGAUGUUUCUCAUCCAGGACAAAAUAUUGAAAAGAACGAUGUUGAUAAUGAAGUUGGAUCCAUCGCAAACCGAGUACCAUCCUACACAUUCGAUCCAUCAAAGGAACCUCUUUUACGAGACAAUCCAAGACGCUUCGUCAUUUUUCCAAUUGAAUACGACGACAUUUGGAAAAUGUAUAAAAAGGCGGAAGCGUCAUUUUGGACGGUUGAAGAAGUUGAUCUGUCAAAGGAUCUUGAUCAUUGGAAUGGCCUUAAAGAUACCGAACGUCACUUUAUCUCACAUGUAUUGGCAUUCUUUGCAGCAUCUGACGGCAUCGUGAAUGAAAAUUUAGUUGAAAGAUUUAGCCAGGAAGUUCAGGUUACUGAAGCACGCUGCUUUUAUGGUUUUCAAAUAGCUAUGGAGAAUGUACAUUCUGAAAUGUAUUCCUUGCUUAUUGAAACUUACAUUCGAAACUCCAAAGAGCGUGAAUUUUUAUUCAACGCUGUCGAAACAUUGCCAUGUGUGAAGAAGAAGGCUGACUGGGCAAUUAACUGGAUCAGCAGUAAGAAUGCCAACUUUGGGGAAAGAAUUAUUGCAUUUGCAGCAGUUGAAGGAAUUUUCUUCAGUGGAAGUUUUGCUGCCAUAUUUUGGAUUAAGAAACGUGGAUUGAUGCCGGGAUUGACAUUUUCCAAUGAAUUGAUUUCACGUGACGAAGGCUUGCAUUGUGAUUUUGCUUGUUUGAUGUUCCGUCAUCUUGUCCAGAAACCACCAAAAGAACGAAUUGUCGAAAUCAUUUCAGAAGCUGUUAAAAUUGAACAAGAAUUCCUCACCGAUGCCUUGCCUGUUAACAUGUUGGGCAUGAAUUGCGAACUGAUGUCUCAAUACAUUGAGUUUGUUGCUGAUCGUCUUCUCGGUGAAUUGGGAGUCGAAAAAAUCUACAACACAAAGAAUCCUUUCAGCUUCAUGGAGCUCAUCUCGCUUGAGGGUAAAACAAACUUCUUCGAAAAGAAAGUUGGAGAGUAUCAAAAAGCUGGAGUGAUGGCAAAUCGUCUUGACAAUGUUUUCACACUUGAUGCUGAUUUUUAAAUUUCGUAAUUUCUUAUCUUGACUUUUUUUAUAAAUUUUAAAAAAAUUUCAUUUCUGACUUUUUUUGUCCAUUUUUGAUACUUAAACAAACACCAGUAGCAGCAAUUGUCAUCAAAAUCAAGACUUCAUAUCAUAAAUUUAUCUACUUAGAAUUGUAUGUAAUAAAAGUAAUAAAUAAUUAUUUUUACAUCUAGAUAUACUUAGAUAAGGCAAAA